UUGUCGCAAUGUUGCCUCAGGUUAUUGUAUUUCAGUGUGACGUUUUCGUUGAAUCGUUUAUUCUAUCUUCAGAUUAUUCCCCGUAAAAUCUAAAUGCCAUUGUCGCAAUCGGAAGCAUCUUCUAUUGAUUUUGUUUCUGUCGUUGGAAAUUCAUUGAGCGGGAAAACCUCCUUAAACGCUAAGUUGCUCUCACGAAACGCGGUCAGUGAAGAGAUACAUGAUGUCCCGCCCAGCCCACGUCCUUCUGUUCAGCGCACCAAAGCUCGCAGCCUCUCGGAAAGCAGCUAUGCUGAUGGUCAGCUGAGGGGAAUUUUGAAACGACGUCAGCGACGAGCGUCGGAAUGUCACAGCAUUGGAGAAAAGUUAUCUACCAGUAACGAGUUCACUACGGAUUUCUCCACGGAUUCCGAGGAUUCACCGCGGGAACCGUGUGCGAAAACUGUUCGUUUCAGCGAUCGAAUCCAGCAACAAACCUUCAGGAUGGACUCUUGCAUUCUCGGACGACGUGCGAAAAACCGCAAGAAAGCCGAGAAGCGCAAGCGCGCGAAUGCUCGUCGUUUCAGCGAAGGAGAGUCCACUGAUGGCGACGAAGGCGUUGACACCAGCCUUCACAAAUCUUUGGAUUCAUUGACGAUCAAAGAAGAGGAAGAAGAACAUACAGAAGUUGUAACUCUUGCCGAAACGACGAAUGAAGGCGAAAGGAAAUCAAAGAAAGCUCGUCGCCGUAAAAAUAAGAAGAUUCAGCGCGAGGAGAGCUUCAACAGUCGUACAUCUGAUGAAGAGGAGAAUUACGGGACGAAACCAUUGCAAAAACGUGGGAAGAAAACUAAAUUUGUACAAAAGGCGGAUCGGACGAAGGCGGGCUCUUUCCAUUGUGAUUCUGACUCAGGCACUUCUAUCUGUGAUUACUUGCCGGACAUGGCCUCCGCGUUGAGUUCGGCGGAAGAGCCGUUUGACUUCCUCUUCAAAAUAGUGGUGAUCGGGGACGUCGGCGUCGGGAAAACGUGCGUCGUGCACAGGUUCACUACCGGCGGCUACGUGGAACGUCAUGGCAACACGAUCGGGGUCGACUUCUCCAUGAAAACCAUCAUGAUCGACGGAAAGCGGGUGAAGUUGCAGAUUUGGGACACGGCGGGCCAAGAACGCUUCCGGACGAUCACUCAGAGUUACUACAGAUCUGCGAACGGAGUUAUGCUGAUGUACGACGUCACGAAACGAGCUACUUUCCUGAAUCUCCAGCGAUGGAUUGACGAGGUCCGCAAGUAUACAGCUUCUCAAGUCAGCGUGAUUCUUAUUGGAAACAAGUGCGACAUGGAGGGCCUUCGAGAAGUCGAGGCCAAUGAGGCGCUGGCCCUUCAGGACCAAUGUCCCGAAAUCCUUUCCGUUUUGGAAGUGUCGGCCAAGGACAACACCCGCGUCGACGACUGCUUUGUGACGCUGGCGAAGGAACUGAAGGACCAAUACGACGGCUGUUCUGUGCAGGCCAAAGAGGCUGCGGAAACUGUGGCCAUCGGCUCGUCCAGCACCGUUUCCAAGUGUUGCUCGUAGAAUUUAUGUCCAGGCGAGUUGCUGUGGCUCGUUUCUUUUAUUUUUUGUCAUAGCCAAGCUUGAAGCACGAGUGAUUUUUUUGUUGGUUUGUUCAAUUGUUUAUGGCGGCUUGAGGAAAGUGAGGCAUGCUUUUGAGUGAAAGAAUUUUCGAAACUGUCCUUCGCGAGUCGAAGUUAUACAGGAGGGCCUCGACCUGGGGAAGAAUCGACUUUGGGACACUUUUAAUACUCCAAGAAAAAAUCUGCCCCCCACCCAGACAAUGUUUCAAGAUACGGACGCUUAACAAGCAUUUCUAGAGAAAUGGAAAAUUUUUAUUUUUCACUUUGAUAUAUCGUGAGCAAAUUGAGCUUUUUAUACAGUAUUCACAAAACAUUAAAAAAUAAUGUCGGUGCGG